UGGGAGGGCUGCAUUGAAUUGCUCUGUUCCUUGCAGCAUAUGGUUCUGAGACAUCAGUAGCUGUUGUCAUUUUACAGCCGUGUGCAUCUGUGUGCAAGAAAAGAACAAUCUUUAGUGUGUAUCUCACAUUGGAUUUCUAGCACUGGACGCUGAUUGCAAGGAGCCAGUGUCAUUGGUGUUUUUUUUUAAUUUCAGAAUAAAAUUCUGUGAAGGUGCAGAUAGUGAUAAUUUUUGUGAGGUGGUGAUAAUAUUUUAAACAAUGUGGUUGGCAUGGUAUUCAGUGGUGCUACUUGGGUGUUUAAAUUCAUUGAGUGCAUUUGUCACUGGUUCUGUGCACUACCGGUAUCAUCGUAGAAACUGCUAUACAUGCUUUCUGGGACAUAGUGGCUAUUUGGUGAGUCGAACCUCAGAUCAGCAGGCAGAUGUUGAUGAGUGCCAGGUACACAAUGGAGGAUGUCAGCAGAGGUGCAUUAAUACUCAGAGGUCCUACUAUUGUGAGUGCAACCCAGGUUUCCGUCUACAUACAGAUGGCAGGACAUGCAUUGCUUUGAAGUCUUGUGCAAUAAGCAAUGGUGGUUGCCAGCACGAUUGUGUACAGCUCACUUUGGCACACUACCAGUGCAGAUGCCGGCAGAACUACCAGUUGAAAGAGGAUGGCAAGCACUGUGAAUUGAAGGACCUGUGUACUGUUAAUAAUGGUGGCUGUAUGCACAAGUGUCGUAGUCAUCAAGGAACUGUCCACUGUGAAUGUCACCCAGGAUAUCAAGUUGCAUAUGACAACAAAACCUGUGAAGAUAUAGAUGAGUGUGGAUCUGGUCUGGCAGUGUGUUCCCAUGGAUGUCUCAACACUCGAGGAUCCUUCAUCUGCACCUGUAACCCAGGAUAUGAAUUGGGAGCUGAUGGAAGACAGUGUUACAGGAUAGAAAUGGAAAUUGUGAAUAGCUGUGAGUCGAAAAAUGGAGGCUGCUCACACCUUUGCCAGCACACUAGUGGUGGACCUGUGUGUGGCUGUAACCCAGGAUAUCACCUGGAUGUAGAUGAGAAAACAUGCAUAGAUGUUGAUGAAUGCAUUACUGGGGAAUCAUGCUGUGUGCAGGACUGUACCAACAGUCCUGGAGGGUAUGAGUGUGCUUGCUUUGCGGGAUACAGGAGGAGUCUGGAUGGUUGUGGGUGUGAUGAUGUAGAUGAGUGUUCAAGUGACAAUGGUGGCUGCAGUGACACCUGUGUCAACCUCCUAGGCUCAUUCUACUGUGCUUGUGAAACUGGAGAGAAACUCAGUGAUGAUCAGAGAACCUGUAUCCCACUGGAUGAUGGUGUUGAGAUUGUCACUGGUCGUCAACCUGUAAUUCGCCCUAUCCCACAGAUCACUCUGCUGCAGGAUGCACAAGCUCUUACCCAGAGCAUCUAUGAAGACUAUUAUGAUGAAGAAGCUGAAGCCAGAGGAGAACAUACUGUUGUGGAGAAAUUUAUUUGUCUAGAUAACACCUUUGGUCAUGACUGCAGCCUGAAAUGUGAAGAUUGCAUUAAUGGAGGCGUGUGCAAUGCCCAGGGGGAUGGCUGUGAUUGUCCAGAUGGCUGGACUGGAAUUCGCUGUAAUCAAACCUGUCCUGAGGGGACAUUUGGCAGAAACUGCAGUUUCCAAUGCAAGUGCAAGAAUGGUGGAGCCUGCAAUCCAUUUUCGGGGAAAUGCCGUUGCCCUCCUGGAGUCAGUGGGGAAAUGUGUGAAUAUGGUUGCCCAAAAGGCUUUUAUGGGAAGCAGUGCAAUAAAAAAUGCAACUGUGCAAAUAAUGGGAGAUGCCACAGAACCUAUGGUGCCUGCAUGUGUGACCCAGGCUUGUAUGGACGCUUCUGCCAUUUGCCGUGUCCUAAGUGGACGUACGGGCCAGGCUGUUCAAAUGAAUGUAGCUGUAUACAGCAAAAUACACAGGAGUGCAACAAAAGAGAUGGUACCUGCAUAUGCAAGCCUGGUUACCAGGGUAACGACUGCCAGAAAGAGUGUGACAGAGGCUACUAUGGCAUUAACUGCAAGAGCAAGUGCAACUGCCUGUCUGGUUUGUCAUGUGAUAGUGUCAGUGGCGCAUGCACGAGACAGUGCCCAGAGGGCUACCAUGGGGACAACUGUGAAAGAGAAUGCCCUAAGGGCAAGUAUGGAGUCAACUGUUUCCUGUCAUGUUCCUGUGAUGGAGCACCUUGUGACAAGGUUACAGGAAGAUGCAUUUGUCCUCCUGGGAAAAUUGGACCUACAUGUGAGAAAGAUUGCUCAGAAGGUUACUGGGGAGUGAACUGCCAGGAGCACUGUCUCCAGUGUGAGAAUGGUGGAGUGUGUGAUAAAACCACUGGGUCAUGCUCGUGUGCUCCAGGAUUUACUGGAGAACGGUGUCAGAACUCAUGUCUUGCUGGCUGGUAUGGGAUGGAUUGCCAAAUGAAGUGUGCAUGUGGUAAUGAUGAAAGUAGCUGCAAUCCUGUUACAGGUCAUUGUAUCUGUGCUUCUGGUUGGACUGGACACAACUGUGCAAGAGCUUGUAACAUGGGUCGUUGGGGUCCUGACUGUGCGUAUACCUGUAACUGUGAUAUCGGCUCAGGAAGUUGCAGUCCCACCACAGGCCAGUGCAUUUGUGAAACAGGGUACACUGGGCAGCAGUGUGACCAGAAAUGCCCUCAGGGUUGGUAUGGAAUAGAGUGUAGGCACCACUGCCAGUGUGAGAAUGAAGCUGCCUGUGAUCAUGUCAGUGGAGCAUGUACCUGCACAGAUGGCUGGACAGGAACUUUCUGUCAACGACCUUGUCCACAUGGAUUCUAUGGAAUGGAAUGCCGCCAAACCUGUAACUGUAUGAAUGGAGCUAGUUGUGAUCAUGUAACAGGGACCUGUAAAUGCCAACCUGGCUGGAUUGGUGUCAGUUGUAAUCAGUCUUGCCCAGAAAACACCUAUGGAGAAGCUUGCAGUCAGAUGUGUAACUGCCGUAAUGGUGCCACUUGUGACCAUGUCAACGGACAAUGCAAUUGCCUCCCUGGAUGGACUGGCAAUAUCUGCCAGGAAGCAUGUCCAAUUGGUUUAUUUGGGAAACAUUGUGUUCAGCCCUGUCUCUGUAGAAAUGGUGGGAUAUGCGAUCAUGUAACAGGCUACUGCACAUGCCCUGAAGGAUGGACUGGACUUGCAUGUGAACUGGAAUGUAGUCAGGGGAAGUAUGGCAUCAACUGCCAGGAGAUCUGUGACUGCCAGAAUGGAGGACUUUGUGACCGCCAAAGUGGAAGGUGUAUAUGUCUUGCUGGAUGGACCGGUGACAAAUGUCAGAUGUCCUGUCCCGUUGGUUGGUAUGGAGAGGAGUGUGAAGAAAAAUGUAACUGUGAACAUGGAGCCAAAUGUCACCAUAUCACUGGAACCUGCCGGUGUCCAAGUGGAUGGAGAGGUCGCCACUGUGAGAAAGUUUGCUUACCUGGUUCCCAUGGUAAGAACUGUGCUAAUCGAUGCAACUGUCAUCAUGGAACCCCAUGUAAUCACAUUACAGGAGAAUGUGGGUGCCCACCUGGCUUUACUGGCAAUGGAUGUGAGCAGAUCUGUCUCCCAGGAACAUAUGGAGAAAACUGUAAUCAGGUCUGUCAAUGUCCAGGAGUAAAUCAGCACUGUAAUCCAGUUACUGGUGAAUGUGUUUGUGCACCUGGUUACUAUGGAAAUAACUGCCUACUUGAAUGCCCAGAAGGACGUUAUGGUCCUGACUGCAAGAAGAUAUGCAAAUGUAUUAAUGGUGGUCACUGUGAGAGUGUGACAGGAACUUGUGAAUGUCCACUUGGCUACGUUGGAGCUGACUGCAACACCACAUGCCCUCUGGGUACCUAUGGAAAAGGCUGCUCCCAGUUCUGUUCCUGUGGAGAAGGGGCAAAAUGUGACCAUGUAACAGGAGCCUGCUUUUGUCCAGCAGGAAGGGUGGGAACUCACUGUGAGCAUGUUUGCAGGAGGGACAGAUAUGGAGCUGGCUGUAAGCUACUUUGUUCAUGUAAGAAUGGAGGUGUUUGUAACCCUGUUGAUGGCUCUUGUUCAUGUGGUCUGGGGUGGACAGGCCCUAAUUGUGAGCACGAAUGCCCACAGGGAAUGUAUGGUGCCAACUGCCAGCAUGAUUGUGCCUGUGAAAAUAAUGGAAGUUGUGAUCGAGUAACAGGAUGCUGUCACUGCAUGAGAGGUUACUAUGGUCACAGCUGCGAACAUGAAUGUCCUCCUGGAUUCCAUGGUCUUUACUGUAAAGAACAUUGUAACUGUCAGAAUGGAGCAGCAUGUGACCCAGUAAAUGGCCAGUGCCUUUGCCCUGAUGGCUAUCAUGGAAAGUACUGUGAAAAAGAAUGUGAAAAAGGGCUGUAUGGAAAGCAUUGUUUGCAGUUCUGCAAUUGUGAAGGGAAUGCCUCUUGUGACCCAAAGACUGGAAAAUGUCUUUGUCCUCCAGGGAAGAUGGGGGAAAAGUGUGACAUUGACUGUGGAGUGAAUCGAUAUGGGCCUGAUUGCCUACUCACUUGUGGCUGCACUGGUAACUCAUACUGUAACCCUCUGAAUGGGCGAUGCACUUGCCUUAAUAGCUGGAUAGGACCUACCUGUCAAGAAGGUGGGCCACCCAGUCUUCCACAAGAGAGAGAGCCUGGACUGUCAAACAGAGGAGUAUAACCAUCUAUUGUAAUGAAUGCUGUGAAUAAUUCACAUUACUGCAGUUUGGACAGAAGUAAACUAUGCCAUUUUCUUGAACUGAGGGGAAUCAAGGUUUACAUCCUUAAAACGUUUAAAUGCUGUCUGAAGAACUGUGACAUAAACUCAUUGACAAUCUUGAGUACUAUUGAAUCAUGAUCUAUACAUUUUGAAAGUUUGACAGCAAGUGUGAUGCUUCUACCUGCCCUUUUCAGAGGGGAUGUAAACUGUAACUACUUGGUUUUGUGAAUUUUGUCAUUGAAGGCAAAGCUUUGCUUGCUAUGCUUUCCUUCUCAGAACAGUAACUGCAGAGAAACUUUAAAACUCAUUUUAGCCAACUGUGCAAAGUUGAAGAUGGAGAUGAACUAGAUCAGAAAGAUCAAAUCUGUGGUCAUCUACUUGAAUGAUUAAAAUGACAUGACCUUCACCCCGGUCACCUGUACAGCCUAACUUUUCUUAACAGCUUUUAAGCAACUUACAUUUAGAGGAACAGAAUUGCCAGGCUGGCAUGAUAAAUGAAAUUGGUGUGAUGCUUUUCCAGGAAAAUGAAAAUAGAGUCUGCUAUUUAACAGACAUACUGUAAAGUGUUCUGCUUUUCAUAACGUUUUGAUUUUUAUUCACUGGACAGUUAAGAAAAUUUAAAUGCAAGGCUGCAUUCACAUAACACAACUAUGGUAUGUUGGUAAAGGAGAAAGGCUGACUGUUAGACAUAGCAUCCUUGUCAGAAAUAUAUACAAAUCCAAUGACAUUCACCUUUGGGGUGGGGGGUGUGCUCUCAUUUUAAAGAAGACAACCAAAAUAGAAAAAUAUUACUGCUACCUAGUGAGACUGGCCUAAUUUGUUGACUUUGGUGUAAGUCAUCAGUUUUUUUCAAGGAGCAUUUUGGGUUUUAGUAUGGAAAUAUUUGAGGAGGUUUAAGGACAGUCAUGUUAUUACUUUAUUUUUAACAAGCUGAUGUCUUGGAUACUUUAUAGCCAACAAGCAGAAGUGAUUAAAGGUUUAGUGAUAUACAGUUUUCUUAAGCCAUAUUCUACCCAUUAUUAAUAGCUUAGUAAUUCUGAAAUCCUGCUGAUAGGCAGGUGCUGUCCCACUUAUUUGUAGUGCUAUGUAUAUUCAGUCCUGUAAUAAGUACAGUUUAAGAAUGUGACAUCUCAUAGGUUUUGGAUAAAUACCACUUCUUUUUGGGGUCCUGUUUAAAA